AUGUCUGUAUGCAGCAAAAUCCGCCACUUAGUCACACUCCGCCGGAUGCUUAGACAAUUGCGGAAGAAGGCGGCAGCGGCCAUGAGCACGCUCCGCGGUGCACCUUCCGAUGUGCCGGUAGGCCAUGUUGCAGUCACCGUCGGGUCUAGCUGCAAACGGUUUGUCGUCCGAGCUACAUAUCUGAACCAUCCAUUGUUCAAGAAAUUACUGGUUCAAGCACAGGAAGAAUAUGGAUUCACCAAUACAGGUCCACUUGCAAUUCCUUGCGAUGAAUCACUCUUUGAAGAAGUCAUUCGGUACUUGGCCCGCACGGAAUCGAAUAAGAACUACGCUCGCUUCAUGACAUUCGAGGAUUUUCAGAGAUAUCGCCAAGUUGGGAUUUUGAGCAACUUUGAUUUUCGGACCGAGACAAGCAAAAUCCGCCACUUAGCCACACUCCGCCGGAUGCUUAGACAAUGGCGGAAGAAGGCGGCAGCGGCCAUGAGCACGCUCCGCCGCGUACCUUCCGAUGUGCCGGUAGGCCAUGUUGCAGUCACCGUCGGGUCUAGCUGCAAACGGUUUGUCGUCCGAGCUACAUAUCUGAACCACCCAUUGUUCAAGAAAUUACUGGUUCAAGCACAUGAAGAAUAUGGAUUCACCAAUACAGGUCCACUUGCAAUUCCUUGCGAUGAAUCACUCUUUGAAGAAGUCCUCCGGUACUUGGCCCGCACGGAAUCGAAUAAGAACUCGGCUCGCUUCAUGACAUUCGAGGAUUUUCAGAGAUAUCGCCAAGUUGGGAUUUUGAGCAACUUUGAUUUUCGGACUGAGACAAGGUCUCUUUUGCAUGGGUGA